AUGGGUGGAAGAUUUGGUAAAAAAAACAAGACCCAACUUGGUCCUGGUUUUCCUCCACCUAAUGAUCCUUUCUAUCAACCUGUACCACCACCACCAGGUGGUUAUGGUCCGCCACCUCCAUAUCCUUAUGCUCCAGGUUAUGGACCACCAGGUCCUGGCUGGGGUGAGGAUCCUUAUGAUGUAUAUGGAUAUGGUCCUAGAUAUGCUCCAACCGAAUCAUUGACAAGUAUGUAUGGUGGAUCAAUGCUACCACCGACUUAUUUAGGUGGUCGAUUUGGUCGUGGUAUGUCUCCUUGGAAUUAUGGUAAUUAUUAUAUGGGCAAUACUACAUUGCAAAUGAUACCAUUUAUGCAAAGAAAAUUAGCUAAAUUUUCACAAUUGCAAGCCAUGUCUGGAAUGGGUGGAAUGGGCGGAAUGGGCGGAAUGGGCGGAAUGGGUGGAAUGAUGCCGAUGAUGCCUAUGAUGCCAAUGAUGCCUUGUCUACCAGCAUCAUGUGGUUUACCUAUGGGUUCUUCAAUGAUGGCAGCUGCUACUCCAUUACCAAUUGCAUGUAAUCCACUUGUUCAAUCUAUGUAUCCAAUGGCAUCAAUGAAUAGUUGUAAUUGGAUGACUCCAUCAUCAUUCAUGUCGGCAUUAUCAACAGGCCCUACGGCUUUUAGACCACCCUCACUUGACUUUCCAAAUAAUGUUGGAAUGGUAAUGCCUUUUCCUGGCGGUACACCAAGUCCUUUGCUUGCAUCAUCAUCAUUUGGUGGUUUUUGUCCACAAUAUAAUGUCAGGGGUGGAUUGUCAUGUUGUUGUUGUUAUUGUACAGCAUCAGCACUACCAUCAGCACCACCUGCAAUUAGUUAUUAUCCACGUCCAGUAUGUGUACCACAACCAUAUCCAGUUCCAUGUCCAACUCCAGUAGCAAUUCCUAAUGUUCAACAAGUAGCAGUUCCACGAUCUGUAUCUAUUGUUGCACCACCUAUUAUAGCUGAUUGUAAUCCAUGUUGUCCUAUACCAUCUGGAGCUCCAUUAAUGCCAUCACAAGGUGUUUUAACACAAGGUGGUCUUGGUCAAUCAUUAGUUAUGGGAUCGAAUCAUAUAUCAAGUAAACAAACAUUAUUCGAUGAUGAAACAAGUGAAAAUUCUAAACGUCAAACAUCUAUCCGUAAACCAUUUGAUCAAUCUCGUCGUGCAAAAGCUGAACAGAUAGCUGUCAGUUUAUCUAAACUUGGAUUAAAUAAUACUACGUAUAGAGAUAGUCAUUCAAAUAAAAGCAAACAUCGAAUUAAAUCAAAUCGUAAUCGUUUACAUAAUGAUUAUUCUUUAGUUUCGAAAUCAAAUGAUAAAUAUAUUUCAGAUUCUGAUUUUUCUUUAUCAGAUAAAUCAAAACGAAAACAAUAUAAUAAAUCUACACGUUAUUCUCGUUCAAAUGGUCGUAGAAGUUUAUCAAUAUAUGAUUAG